AUGCCUGCGAGGCCUUCUGUUCUGUAGCACACUUCAUCGCGCAGAGUCCUGGCUAGAUCCUUGAAUAGUCGAGCGGCCUGCGCUGCGGAGGGUUCAGGUGAACUGUUACAGAGAAAAUGGCAAAAGUCAGUCCUUCUGAUUGCGACCAUAUUGGAGGAGAAAAGGGCCGCAUUUGUGGAACCAAGCCAAGCGCCAAGUCGACACUUACCGGUGGCGGUCCAACGUCAUGUUACAUGAGCACGCAACCGACAGCAAUCAAGCGCCUUGGCUCACGGGUAGACGGCAGGCCAGAGCAAUGGAAAGAACUGGAUGAGUCCAGUCGCGACGCUAAUCAUAAUGAAGGUUCCGAUUACUUCAAGGAGACCAAAGACGAUCCUUUCAACAGAAGUUUUUGGAGAGCUCUGCUUGAAGAUGGCUUUACACGCAUUAUCGUGGCCUGUGUGGUCUUUGCGGGGGGAGUGACCAUUUCCCUUAUUUUACAUAUUUAUAUAGGCGGGCUCUCUAUAUUUGAGGUGGUGGGCCCAAGAGUAGUCCUGGCUGACAGCCAAGUGUGUGCUUCACUGGGCCUGGAGGUCCUCAUGGAUGGGGGGUCAAGUGUGGACGCUGCCAUCACUGCUGCCCUCUGCCAGGGCAUUGUGCAUCCACACACUUCAGGGAUAGGAGGUGGUGGGGUGAUGCUGAUUUAUGAUGGGCUCACAGGGAAACAUACUGUGAUCGAUUUUGGUGAAACGGCGCCUUCCAGAAUCAAAGAGGAAAUGCUUCAGCAUGACCUGCAGGAAAAGCCAGGCCUUCUUGUUGGGGUGCCAGGAAUGCUUAGGGGACUACACGAAGCACAUCAGCUGUAUGGCAGGAUGCAAUUGGCUAAAAUUGUGAGGAGAGCAGCCAGCAUAGCAAGAGAAGGAUUCAAUGUCUCUCACAGCUUGGCUGAAGCCAUAGAGUCCCAUAGAGGGAAGAAGGCAUCAAAGCUCUUCAGAGAGAUCUUCUCACCUGAGGAGGAUGAUCAGCACCAUCCUGCUCCCUCCACCCUGAUGAGGCUGCCCCAUCUGGCCUCCGUCCUGGAGCGUAUAGCCAGCCAUGGGGUGGAGGCCUUCUACCAAGGGAAUGUGUCUGAGGAGAUUGCAGUAACUGUGCAGGCUCAUGGAGGGGUGCUUAGCAGAGCAGAUCUGGCCAACUACAGUGCAGUGUUGCAAGAGCCUCUGAUGGUCACGUUUAAGGGGCACCAGGUGUUUGUGCCCCCUCCACCCAGUACAGCUGGAGUACUCCUAACCUUCCUCAACAUCAUGGACGGCAUAAAGUUAACUGGGAAGAUUGGAGAACACAGCGCCUCACAUUGGAUAGUGGAGUCUCUUAUAGCAGCCCUGCUCAUGGCACCUGGGAUAGCAGAUCCAAAGUUUGUGUCCUCUGUCUCCGACACCGUCUCCAAGAUGACAAGUAAAACCCAUGCUGCUGCGCUUCGUCAAAUGAUCCGCAACUCCUCCAGCGAGCCUCUCCUCCUUCACCGCCGCGUCUCGGCUCUCCGCAGCCUGCCGGAAGGUGCCGGAACCUCCAGUCAAGUGCUCGUCAUGGGUGCCGAUGACCUUAUUGUGUCACUGUCAUGUUCUCUCAAUGGGCUCUUUGGAAGCGGAAUUAUCACACCAUCCGGCAUUCUUCUAAACAGCCAAAUCAUGAACUUCUCCUGGCGUAAUAAGGGGACCCAGAAUGCGACCUGGUCUGAUCAGCCUAACAGGAUUGAGGCAGGGAAGAGGGCUCGGUCUUGGCACGUACCCACUGUUGUACGGCAGACUGGUGAGCGGUGUGGCCAGACUGUAGUCCUAGGAGCCACUGCAGGACAGCAGGCUCUCAGUGGGAUGGCUCAGGUGCUGAUAAAGCUCUUAUCGCUUCACAAAAAUCUGACCGACUCUGUUUCUGAAGGGAGGCUCCACUCGAGUAUGCAGACCAAUGUGACUCUGGUUGACUUGAGCAGCAGGUUCGAGCGCUGCGGCGCAUGGGCCAUGUUGUCCGACGCGUGGGGCACCUGUGCCUGGUGUCGGCAGUGGAGCGCAGAGGUGACGUGAUGAAAGGGAGCCCAGACCCUCGCAACCCUGAGGCCACCGCUCGAGGCUUUGCUGGGCCUCAAGUGGAGCUGACAGAAAGGUGACGUUUCAGCCAUAUUGGAAUUUGCUGCUGCAGUCCAACAAUUAUGACCCAGUUUGACUGUUGGAUUUACUGCUGUCUUUUCAUGAAAGGUGAUUGCAACCGUUGAUGGCUCCGGCGGCCAGGCCCUGGACCGGCAUCUGAAAGUGUUGUAAAUAUUAUGUGAAUUAUGCCAGUCACUCUUUGGAUGUCAUAAAAUAUAAUUAAAUAACAGCAUGUGUCA